AUGAUUGUUGGCGGUGUUCUUGCCGACGGCACUCCGAUAAUUAUUGGCGUCGUUGGCGACGCGUUCGCCACCGUCCACCAUCACACUAUUCAUCAUGUGGUGUCGUCGAACAAAUUCGAGGCCGAAUCGUGGGACGGCGAGCACGCGCCGCACGAGGUCGACGACGCCGGCGCGCCUCGACGCUUCUCGAUCUAUUUGGAAGAGCAACAGCCGACCGACGAGGAGACGCCGAUCGCGAGCAGCGAGCAGUUCGAGAAGCGCGGACGGAGCGCGUCGCUGGCCGCCGCCCUACUCGAGCUCGAUCCGACCGGCGUGCCGCUUGUGCAGUUCUUCAAACUCGCCGCACACCAGCCGCUUCUCGAGGUCGCCGACGAGGAGGAGGUGGAGAUCGAGGCGACAGACGGCGAGCGUGUGCUCGGCGAUCUGCUGUUCACACUCCAACAAUUGCGAAUGACGGCGCCGGCGAAACACGAGGAAGCCGUCGCGCGACUUCGCCAACUCGAAGAGGAGCUUCGCGCCGCCGGCGCGGUGACGCCCGCCGAUCCGGCGGUGUCGGAAGCGGUGGCGCGAGCGCUAGCCGUCGCCGGUGCCGGACGCGACGUGCAGAUUCGCGUGAAUCAGAGCAAACACACGACGACGACGAAGACCGUCUAUGAGACGGAGACGCCGGCGAUGGCCAACAUGGACGUCGAGCAGAUUCGCAAACUUCAGCAAGAGAUUCUUGCCGAUAUUUCGACCGGCGGACAUGACGCGCCGGAAGGCACCACACAGAAGAAGGAGACCGCCGAGGAGGGAUUCACCAACGAGGACGGCUCGGUGGUGGUGUCGAAGAAGAUGACGCGUGUGGUGACGACGACGAGAACCACACUUCCAGGCGACGGCGAGGAGCCAUCAGCACCUGAAUCGCCGGUGGAGUCGCUUGGUUCGGUGAAGGAUCGAAUUGCGAAAUUCGAGCAGCUCAAGGAUGAGCAGCCGGCGCGAGAGCCGUCGGAGCACAGCCUCUCGUCGCAGACGCAUCUCCAAGCCGUUGAGCCGACAUCGCCGGUCGAUAUCACGAUAACACCGCACACGCCGAUUCCGCCCGACGAGGUGGAGAAUGAGCCGCUUCAACCAUCGGAGGAGGUGGUGUCGACGGCCGAGAUCAAAGACACCCGACAGCAUAAGCUCGACGACGAUGAGGAGUUCGCCGGCGAGCUUGAACCAUCCGAAGAGCACGUGUCGAGUGCCGAGAUCAAGGACAUCAAGUCGUAUUCGCCGAGCUCGUCCGAAGACGAAGGGAUGACGAGAAAGGUCGAGAAGCUCGUUGAGAACGUCGAGCCCGAAGUCGCUCCUCAAUUUGUUGCCGAGAGCUUUGUGAAGCAGGAGGAGCACAAGGUUGAGGAUAUUGAGAAGGAGCCGGUGUACACCGGACAUCAUGAGCCGACGCAGGCGACGCUGAUUGUCUCCGAGCGGCCGAUCGCGCAGGAGUAUGCGGAGAGUGUGACGUCGGAUGAUGGAGGCGUCGGAGAGAAGGUUGUCGAUCUCUCGAAGAAGGCUGGACUUGUUGCGGCUGCGCCGUUCGCAAUCGUUGGCGCUGGUGUCAAGGCAGCGUACGAUGCGCUCACUGAAGAGAAGCCUGAAGAUGUGAGUCCGAAAGAAUACGAGGAUGAGCAUCUCACCGAAGCAGAACCGGUGAUCGAAGAAGAAGUGACGACGACUGUGACGAGCGAAUUCCAUGAAGGACCUCAAGAUCAAGAAGAAGCGUAUGAAGUCAGCGGAUCUCCUGAACCCGAACAACUUCAUCGCGACGAGCUUCCGCAUUCAGAAGUCACAACCACUGUGACCACGAUCACCCGCGAAUUCUACGAUGGACCAUCGCCGGUCACUUCUGUACAUGAUGAUGUUGCUGACAGAAAAUCGGAUUCUGAAGUUGCGUCAGAAGCUCCAGAAGACACGCAUUCUAUUCAACAAUCAGUAUCCGAUGAGCAUAGCGAAUUCCCAGUUCAUCGUGAUGACGAUCAAGAACCAGAACACCUGGAACGCGACGAGCUUCCACACACAGAAGUCACCACAACAGUCACCAUCAUCACUCGUGAAUUCUUCGACGGAUCUCAACCAUCGACAGCUGCAUCUGUUCACGAUGACGUCAGCGAGAGAAAGUCAAUUCCUGAUACCGCAUCUGAUGCUCCAGAAGACGUGCAUUCAAUUCCGCAAGAAGACUUCGCGACCACUCAACAGGAAGAAGAACACCUUCAACGGGAUGAGCUUCCACACACUGAAGUAACCACAACAGUCACCACAAUCACCCGAGAAUUCUACGACGGAUCUCAACCGUCUCCUGCUGAGAGAAAAUCGAUUUCCGCAAUUGCCUCUGAAGCUCCAGAAGAUACGUUCGAAGCUCAUCGUGACGACUUCACAGCUGCUGAACCAGCAGAAGAACACCUCCAGCGCGAUGAGCUUCCUCAUACCGAAGUGACAACCACCGUCACCACGAUUACCAGAGAAUUCUAUGAUGGACGACAUCCUUCGGCGGAAUCAGCUCAUUUUGAUGAAAAACCAUCGUCGGUUCGACAUUCACCAGUUGAGCAUGAAGAAGAACUACGACGAGAUGAACUUCCGCAAACGAGAACAACAGUUGUGGAAGAAGUGACAAGUUCUGCUUACGAUGAGCCGGAGCACAAAGAGAAACACUUCGAAGAAGACACAGCUUCAACGAAGUCAUUGAAGUCCUUUGGUGAAGAGCCGGAAUUUGUUCAGAGAGACGUGACUGGUCAGCAUGAAAAACCCGAAGAUGAUGACGAAGGUCUUGGAGAUAAGAUGCUCGGAUUCGCAAAGAAGGCUGGAAUGGUGGCCGGCGGAAUUGUCGCAGCUCCAGUUGCACUGGCUGCCGUUGGAGCGAAGACUGCUUAUGAUGCGCUGACCAAGGAGGAUGAAGAACAUCCGGAACUCCACGAGGAAGACAAGAAUGCCGAGCAACGGAUGAGUCCAGAAUCUUUGGAACACGCAUCAAUUGCUAAACCGGAACAUCAUGAGCAUGAAGGAUUUGAACAGGACUCAGAAAAGCAUUCUCCGAUCGUGGAAUCGGUCAGCGAAGAAUUGCGAAGGGACGAGCUUCCUCAUUCGGAGGUCACCACAACUGUCACUACCAUCACUCGUGAAUUCUAUGAAGGACCAGAUGAGGGUCACAAAGAAGACAUCGUCGAUCAGCAUCCUUCUGAAGAAGAGCAUAAGAUCAGUUCAUCGCCAGUAUCUGAAGAACUCCGACGUGACGAGCUUCCACAUUCUGAAGUGACGACGACUGUGACGAGAGAAUUCCACGAACGACCUCAAGAUCAAGAAGAAGCAUAUGAAGUCAGCGGAUCUUCUGAACCGGAACAACUUCAUCACGACGAGCUUCCACAUUCUGAAGUCACAACCACUGUGACCACGAUCACCCGCGAAUUCUACGAUGGAUCAUCGCCGGCCACUUCUGUUCAUGAUGAUGUUGCUGACAGCAAAUCGCUUUCUGAAGUUGCAUCUGAAGCUCCAGAAGACACGCAUUCUGUACCACAAUCAGCAUCUGAUGAGCACAGCGAAUUCCCAGUUCAUCGUGAUGACGAUCAAGAACCAGAACACCUGGAACGCGACGAGCUUCCACACACAGAAGUCACCACAACAGUCACCACAAUCACCCGAGAAUUCUACGACGGAUCUCAACCAUCGACAGCCGCAUCUGUUCAUGAUGACGUCAGCGAGAGAAGGUCAAUUCCUGAUACCGCAUCCGAUGCUCCAGAAGACGUGCAUUCAAUUCCUGAAAAAGACUUCGCGACCACUCAACACGAAGAAGAACACUUUCAACGGGAUGAGCUUCCACACACUGAAGUAGCCACAACAGUCACCACAAUCACCCGUGAAUUCUACGAUGGAAGCUAUCCAGAUCAAACAUCCCAUGCUGAAGAGCUUCCUGCAACAACGUCUGAACAAUACGAGCAAGCCUCCCACGAUGAUGCUUCGCCAACAAAAUCGGAGAAAUCAUUUGUGGAACGAGACCAUGAACCAGCUCCUAUUCCAUCUGAACGCCAUGAGUACACUCAGCUUCAACAUGAGGAAGCAGAAGAUGAUGAUGAAAAAGGUCUUGGAGAUAAGGUGCUCGGAUUCGCAAAGAAGGCUGGAAUGGUGGCCGGCGGAAUCGUCGCAGCUCCAGUCGCACUGGCUGCCGUUGGAGCCAAGACUGCCUAUGAUGCGCUGACCAAGGAGGAUGAGGAACAUCAGGAACCUUCGGAGCACUAUGCUCCAACCGAAUCGUCUCACGAUAUUCCAUCCGAGCAUCGUGAAUCUGAAACGAUCUCCAGUCAACAUGACAUGGCACCUGAGGAAAGUCGCAAUGAAGAGCACGCAGAAUUCAAACCAGAAGUCGUCGAUUCUCCAGAAGAGAUUGAAGACAACAUCAGCGAAGAGGAGCUCCGCGCGAGCGCUGCCACCAAAGAAUUCUUCACACGAUCGCGAGACGAGGAUGACUUGGAUGAUAUUCCACCACGUCAUGUCGACAUCGAAACAGUCAGCGCUGUUUCUGGACUGGAGCAGGAUGUCGAGAAUUCCGAACGAGACGAUCUUCCCGACAAGACCACUUCCGUCACAACUGUCGCUAGAGAAUACUAUGAAGAGCCAUUGGAGCAGGAAUUCGAAGGUCGAACUGAAGCACAAGAUGAUGAGCCGUUGUUUGAUUCGGAAGAGCUUCGACGCGAUGAACUUCCUCACUCGGAAAUGACUACUACAGUCACAACGAUCACCAGAGAAUUCUAUGAGGGAUCUCCAAAAGACGAUGAGCAUUCUAUUCAUGAGGAAGCUACGACAAUCCCACAAACACCCGAUUCUCACGUUGAACAUCAUCGUGACGACUUCGCAUCUGCUGAACCAGCAGAAGAACAUCUCCAGCGCGACGAGCUUCCACACACAGAAGUCACCACAACAGUCACCACCAUCACUCGUGAAUUCUUCGACGGAUCUCAACCAUCGACAGCCGCAUCUGUUCAUGAUGACGUCAGCGAGAGAAGGUCAAUUCCUGAUUCCGCAUCUGAUGCUCCAGAAGACGUGCAUUCAAUUCCACAAGAAGACUUCGCGACCACUCAACAGGAAGAAGAACACCUUCAACGGGAUGAGCUUCCACAUACUGAAGUAACCACAACAGUCACCACAAUCACCCGUGAAUUCUACGACGGGUCUCAACCGUCUCCUGCUGAGAGAAAAUCGAUUUCCGCAAUUGCCUCUGAAGCCCCAGAAGAUACGUUCGAAGCUCAUCGUGACGACUUCACAGCUGCUGAACCAGCAGAAGAACAUCUCCAGCGCGACGAGCUUCCUCAUACCGAAGUGACAACCACCGUCACCACGAUUACCAGAGAAUUCUAUGAUGGACGACGUCCUUCGGCGGAAUCAGCUCAUUUUGAUGAAAAACCAUCGUCGGUUGACGACGUUCGACAUUCAGCAGAUGAGCAUGAAGAAGAACUACGACGAGAUGAACUUCCGCAAACAACACUUGACGAAAUGACAAGAUCUGUGUAUGUUGAACCAGAGCACAAGGAAGAUUACGAUGAGGAGCCGGAGUAUCAUAUCGCUCCGAGAGACACCGAUAGACAUCAUCAAGAACCAGCAAGUGAUGAAGACCAAGAAGGUCUUGGAGAUAAGAUGCUCGGAUUCGCGAAGAAGGCUGGAAUGGUGGCCGGCGGAAUCGUCGCAGCUCCAGUCGCACUGGCUGCCGUUGGAGCAAAGACGGCCUAUGAUGCGCUGACCAAGGAGGAUGAAGAUCGUCAGGAGUCGGGACAUGAAUUCCCCACGGAAUACCACGAAUCCGAGAUGACCUCAAGCCAACAUGAAAUUACGCAUUCCGAACUUCGUUCUGGAUCUCCUGCGGUCCAUCAUGAAGAAAAAGUUUUGAUUAAGGAUGAUGAAGAACGUCCGGGAUUCCACGAGGAACACCAAAUCAGCCACGAAUCAUCGGAGCUUGUCUCUCCAACCGAGCCAACUCAUGAGUUCCCUGCUGAUUAUCAUGAUGACACGAUCUCCAGACAGCAAGAAAUCGAGCAUUCCGAACUUCGUGGCGAAUCGCCAUCUGUAGAUGAAGAACAUGCAGAACUCCACGAGGAGGACAAGCAUGCCGAGGGUCAGACGAUUCCAGAACCUUCGGAACACGCAUCAAUUGCUGAACCAGAACAACAUGAGCAUGAAGGAUUUGAACAGGACUCAGAAAAGCAUUCUCCGAUCGUGGAAUCGGUCAGCGAAGAAUUGCGAAGGGACGAGCUUCCUCAUUCGGAGGUCACCACAACUGUCACUACCAUCACUCGUGAAUUCUAUGAAGGACCAGAUGAGGGUCACAAAGAAGACAUCGUCGAUCAGCAUCCUUCUGAAGAAGAGCAUAAGAUCAGUUCAUCGCCAGUAUCUGAAGAACUCCGACGUGACGAGCUUCCACAUUCUGAAGUGAUGACGACUGUGACGACGGUGACGAGAGAAUUCCACGAAGGAGCUCAAGAUCAAGAAGAAGCAUAUGAAGUCAGCGGAUCUCCUGAACCCGAACAACUUCAUCGCGACGAGCUUCCGCAUUCAGAAGUCACAACCACUGUGACCACGAUCACCCGCGAAUUCUACGAUGGACCAUCGCCGGUCACUUCUGUACAUGAUGAUGUUGCUGACAGAAAAUCGGAUUCUGAAGUUGCGUCAGAAGCUCCAGAAGACACGCAUUCUAUUCAACAAUCAGUAUCCGAUGAGCAUAGCGAAUUCCCAGUUCAUCGUGAUGACGAUCAAGAACCAGAACACCUGGAACGCGACGAGCUUCCACACACAGAAGUCACCACAACAGUCACCAUCAUCACUCGUGAAUUCUUCGACGGAUCUCAACCAUCGACAGCUGCAUCUGUUCACGAUGACGUCAGCGAGAGAAAGUCAAUUCCUGAUACCGCAUCUGAUGCUCCAGAAGACGUGCAUUCAAUUCCGCAAGAAGACUUCGCGACCACUCAACAGGAAGAAGAACACCUUCAACGGGAUGAGCUUCCACACACUGAAGUAACCACAACAGUCACCACAAUCACCCGAGAAUUCUACGACGGAUCUCAACCGUCUCCUGCUGAGAGAAAAUCGAUUUCCGCAAUUGCCUCUGAAGCUCCAGAAGAUACGUUCGAAGCUCAUCGUGACGACUUCACAGCUGCUGAACCAGCAGAAGAACACCUCCAGCGCGAUGAGCUUCCUCAUACCGAAGUGACAACCACCGUCACCACGAUUACCAGAGAAUUCUAUGAUGGACGACAUCCUUCGGCGGAAUCAGCUCAUUUUGAUGAAAAACCAUCGUCGGUUCGACAUUCACCAGUUGAGCAUGAAGAAGAACUACGACGAGAUGAACUUCCGCAAACGAGAACAACAGUUGUGGAAGAAGUGACAAGUUCUGCUUACGAUGAGCCGGAGCACAAAGAGAAACACUUCGAAGAAGACACAGCUUCAACGAAGUCAUUGAAGUCCUUUGGUGAAGAGCCGGAAUUUGUUCAGAGAGACGUGACUGGUCAGCAUGAAAAACCCGAAGAUGAUGACGAAGGUCUUGGAGAUAAGAUGCUCGGAUUCGCAAAGAAGGCUGGAAUGGUGGCCGGCGGAAUUGUCGCAGCUCCAGUUGCACUGGCUGCCGUUGGAGCGAAGACUGCUUAUGAUGCGCUGACCAAGGAGGAUGAAGAACAUCCGGAACUCCACGAGGAAGACAAGAAUGCCGAGCAACGGAUGAGUCCAGAAUCUUUGGAACACGCAUCAAUUGCUAAACCGGAACAUCAUGAGCAUGAAGGAUUUGAACAGGACUCAGAAAAGCAUUCUCCGAUCGUGGAAUCGGUCAGCGAAGAAUUGCGAAGGGACGAGCUUCCUCAUUCGGAGGUCACCACAACUGUCACUACCAUCACUCGUGAAUUCUAUGAAGGACCAGAUGAGGGUCACAAAGAAGACAUCGUCGAUCAGCAUCCUUCUGAAGAAGAGCAUAAGAUCAGUUCAUCGCCAGUAUCUGAAGAACUCCGACGUGACGAGCUUCCACAUUCUGAAGUGACGACGACUGUGACGAGAGAAUUCCACGAACGACCUCAAGAUCAAGAAGAAGCAUAUGAAGUCAGCGGAUCUUCUGAACCGGAACAACUUCAUCACGACGAGCUUCCACAUUCUGAAGUCACAACCACUGUGACCACGAUCACCCGCGAAUUCUACGAUGGAUCAUCGCCGGCCACUUCUGUUCAUGAUGAUGUUGCUGACAGCAAAUCGCUUUCUGAAGUUGCAUCUGAAGCUCCAGAAGACACGCAUUCUGUACCACAAUCAGCAUCUGAUGAGCACAGCGAAUUCCCAGUUCAUCGUGAUGACGAUCAAGAACCAGAACACCUGGAACGCGACGAGCUUCCACACACAGAAGUCACCACAACAGUCACCACAAUCACCCGAGAAUUCUACGACGGAUCUCAACCAUCGACAGCCGCAUCUGUUCAUGAUGACGUCAGCGAGAGAAGGUCAAUUCCUGAUACCGCAUCCGAUGCUCCAGAAGACGUGCAUUCAAUUCCUGAAAAGACUUCGCGACCACUCAACACGAAGAAGAACACUUUCAACGGGAUGAGCUUCCACACACUGAACUAUCCAGAUCAAACAUCCCAUGCUGAAGAGCUUCCUGCAACAACGUCUGAACAAUACGAGCAAGCCUCCCACGAUGAUGCUUCGCCAACAAAAUCGGAGAAAUCAUUUGUGGAACGAGACCAUGAACCAGCUCCUAUUCCAUCUGAACGCCAUGAGUACACUCAGCUUCAACAUGAGGAAGCAGAAGAUGAUGAUGAAAAAGGUCUUGGAGAUAAGGUGCUCGGAUUCGCAAAGAAGGCUGGAAUGGUGGCCGGCGGAAUCGUCGCAGCUCCAGUCGCACUGGCUGCCGUUGGAGCCAAGACUGCCUAUGAUGCGCUGACCAAGGAGGAUGAGGAACAUCAGGAACCUUCGGAGCACUAUGCUCCAACCGAAUCGUCUCACGAUAUUCCAUCCGAGCAUCGUGAAUCUGAAACGAUCUCCAGUCAACAUGACAUGGCACCUGAGGAAAGUCGCAAUGAAGAGCACGCAGAAUUCAAACCAGAAGUCGUCGAUUCUCCAGAAGAGAUUGAAGACAACAUCAGCGAAGAGGAGCUCCGCGCGAGCGCUGCCACCAAAGAAUUCUUCACACGAUCGCGAGACGAGGAUGACUUGGAUGAUAUUCCACCACGUCAUGUCGACAUCGAAACAGUCAGCGCUGUUUCUGGAUUGGAGCAGGAUGUCGAGAAUUCCGAACGAGACGAUCUUCCCGACAAGACCACUUCCGUCACAACUGUCGCUAGAGAAUACUAUGAAGAGCCAUUGGAGCAGGAAUUCGAAGGUCGAACUGAAGCACAAGAUGAUGAGCCGUUGUUUGAUUCGGAAGAGCUUCGACGCGAUGAACUUCCUCACUCGGAAAUGACUACUACAGUCACAACGAUCACCAGAGAAUUCUAUGAGGGAUCUCCAAAAGACGAUGAGCAUUCUAUUCAUGAGGAAGCUACGACAAUCCCACAAACACCCGAUUCUCACGUUGAACAUCAUCGUGACGACUUCGCAUCUGCUGAACCAGCAGAAGAACAUCUCCAGCGCGACGAGCUUCCACACACAGAAGUCACCACAACAGUCACCACCAUCACUCGUGAAUUCUUCGACGGAUCUCAACCAUCGACAGCCGCAUCUGUUCAUGAUGACGUCAGCGAGAGAAGGUCAAUUCCUGAUUCCGCAUCUGAUGCUCCAGAAGACGUGCAUUCAAUUCCACAAGAAGACUUCGCGACCACUCAACAGGAAGAAGAACACCUUCAACGGGAUGAGCUUCCACAUACUGAAGUAACCACAACAGUCACCACAAUCACCCGUGAAUUCUACGACGGGUCUCAACCGUCUCCUGCUGAGAGAAAAUCGAUUUCCGCAAUUGCCUCUGAAGCCCCAGAAGAUACGUUCGAAGCUCAUCGUGACGACUUCACAGCUGCUGAACCAGCAGAAGAACAUCUCCAGCGCGACGAGCUUCCUCAUACCGAAGUGACAACCACCGUCACCACGAUUACCAGAGAAUUCUAUGAUGGACGACGUCCUUCGGCGGAAUCAGCUCAUUUUGAUGAAAAACCAUCGUCGGUUGACGACGUUCGACAUUCAGCAGAUGAGCAUGAAGAAGAACUACGACGAGAUGAACUUCCGCAAACAACACUUGACGAAAUGACAAGAUCUGUGUAUGUUGAACCAGAGCACAAGGAAGAUUACGAUGAGGAGCCGGAGUAUCAUAUCGCUCCGAGAGACACCGAUAGACAUCAUCAAGAACCAGCAAGUGAUGAAGACCAAGAAGGUCUUGGAGAUAAGAUGCUCGGAUUCGCGAAGAAGGCUGGAAUGGUGGCCGGCGGAAUCGUCGCAGCUCCAGUCGCACUGGCUGCCGUUGGAGCAAAGACGGCCUAUGAUGCGCUGACCAAGGAGGAUGAAGAUCGUCAGGAGUCGGGACAUGAAUUCCCCACGGAAUACCACGAAUCCGAGAUGACCUCAAGCCAACAUGAAAUUACGCAUUCCGAACUUCGUUCUGGAUCUCCUGCGGUCCAUCAUGAAGAAAAAGUUUUGAUUAAGGAUGAUGAAGAACGUCCGGGAUUCCACGAGGAACACCAAAUCAGCCACGAAUCAUCGGAGCUUGUCUCUCCAACCGAGCCAACUCAUGAGUUCCCUGCUGAUUAUCAUGAUGACACGAUCUCCAGACAGCAAGAAAUCGAGCAUUCCGAACUUCGUGGCGAAUCGCCAUCUGUAGAUGAAGAACAUGCAGAACUCCACGAGGAGGACAAGCAUGCCGAGGGUCAGACGAUUCCAGAACCUUCGGAACACGCAUCAAUUGCUGAACCAGAACAACAUGAGCAUGAAGGAUUUGAACAGGACUCAGAAAAGCAUUCUCCGAUCGUGGAAUCGGUCAGCGAAGAAUUGCGAAGGGACGAGCUUCCUCAUUCGGAGGUCACCACAACUGUCACUACCAUCACUCGUGAAUUCUAUGAAGGACCAGAUGAGGGUCACAAAGAAGACACCGUCGAUCAGCAUCCUUCUGAAGAAGAGCAUAAGAUCAGUUCAUCGCCAGUAUCUGAAGAACUCCGACGUGACGAGCUUCCACAUUCUGAAGUGAUGACGACUGUGACGACGGUGACGAGAGAAUUCCACGAAGGAGCUCAAGAUCAAGAAGAAGCAUAUGAAGUCAGCGGAUCUCCUGAACCCGAACAACUUCAUCGCGACGAGCUUCCGCAUUCAGAAGUCACAACCACUGUGACCACGAUCACCCGCGAAUUCUACGAUGGACCAUCGCCGGUCACUUCUGUACAUGAUGAUGUUGCUGACAGAAAAUCGGAUUCUGAAGUUGCGUCAGAAGCUCCAGAAGACACGCAUUCUAUUCAACAAUCAGUAUCCGAUGAGCAUAGCGAAUUCCCAGUUCAUCGUGAUGACGAUCAAGAACCAGAACACCUGGAACGCGACGAGCUUCCACACACAGAAGUCACCACAACAGUCACCACCAUCACUCGUGAAUUCUUCGACGGAUCUCAACCAUCGACAGCUGAAUCUGUUCACGAUGACGUCAGCAAGAGAAGGUCAAUUCCUGAUACCGCAUCUGAUGUUCCAGAAGACGUGCAUUCAAUUCCUGAAAAAGACUUCGCGACCACUCAACAGGAAGAAGAACACCUUCAACGGGAUGAGCUUCCACACACUGAAGUAACCACAACAGUCACCACAAUCACCCGAGAAUUCUACGACGGUUCUGAUGAUGACUAUUCACAAAGUCAGCAUACGGCCGACGUUGAUAAGGAAUCGGUUUCUGAUGGCCACAGCGAAGUACCAACAAGUGUUGAACAACAUUCGGAUUCUAAUGAUCAUCACGAAGACGAGCCACAGACGGAACAAUUUAAACGAGACGAGCUUCCUCAUUCAGAAAUUGUUACCACUGUCACGUCUGUUACAAGAGAAUUCUAUGAAGGAGCCCCACGUGAUGCUGACGACAAGACUUCGCACGAUGACCUGUCUCCGUCAAGAUCCGAGAAAUCGUUUGUUGAACAAACAGAGGAAUAUGUUCCGACUGAACGUCAUGAUGUUACUGAUCAACAACAAUACCAACAACCAGAAGAUGAUGAUGAUGAAGGUCUUGGAGAUAAGGUGCUCGGAUUCGCGAAGAAGGCUGGAAUGGUGGCCGGCGGAAUCGUUGCGGCUCCAGUCGCACUGGCUGCCGUUGGAGCGAAGACUGCUUAUGAUGCGCUGACCAAGGAGGAUGAAGAUCGUCAGGAGUCGAGCCAUGAAUUCCCAUCGGAAUACCAUGAAUCCGAGAUGACCUCAAGCCAACAUGAGAUCACCCACUCCGAACUUCGUACUGGAUCUCCUGCUGCCCAUCGUGAAGAGAAGGUUCUCGAAGAAGAACAACGCGAGAGUCCCACAUCUACUGAAUACUCGGAUCAUCCUCAUCAAUCCCAUGAAUUCCCAACCGAAUACCAUGAAUCCGAGAUGAUUUCCAGCCAACACGAGAUCACACAUUCCGAACUCCGCUCAGGAUCCCCAACGAUCCAGCAAGAGCAAAAAAAAUUCAUUGGAGAUGACAACGACGACAAGCCGAAUGAACUUAGUCCGACGUCAACUGAACAUGCUGAAUUCCCUGAGAAGUCGCAUGAGUUCCCCACAGAAUACCAUGAGUCGGAGAUCGGAUUCACUCAACAUGAGAUCCCACACACCGAGCUCGAGAUUAAGGAUUCUCCGAUCGAUUCUGAAGUUGGCUACGAUUUCAACGACGAGCCUCAUUCUCAAGAGGAAUCACAAGAAGUUGCUCAUGGAAUGACGAGAAGUAUUGGACAUGCAGAUCUGACUACUUCGGAUUCAACCCUCGAGCUAGAGCAAAUCCGCCGCGAGGAACAAUCGGAUAUCAGCGAUGAGUUCAAACAACAAGAUCGACCGAUUAGUCAUGAAUCAUCGGAGGUUGUCUCACCAACUGAACCAACUCAUGACUUUCCAUCGGAAUACCAUGAAUCCGAGAUGACCUCAAGCCAACAUGAGAUCACUCAUUCCGAACUUCGCUCGGGAUCCCCAACAGUCCAUCAUGAAGAGACCAUUCUAACCAAAGAUGAAGAACGUCCGGAAUUCCACGAUGAACACCAAAUCAGCCAUGAAUCAUCGGAGCUUGUCUCUCCAACCGAGCCAACUCAUGAGUUCCCUGCUGAUUAUCAUGAUGACACGAUCUCCGGACAGCAAGAAAUCGAGCAUUCCGAACUUCGUGCCAAAUUUGUCGAUGAAGAACAUCCAGAACUCCACGAGGAGCAUCACGAGCCUUCAGAACCAACCCAUGACUUCCCAUCGGAAUACCAUGAAUCCGAGAUGACCUCAUGCCAACAUGAGAUCACUCAUUCCGAACUUCGCUCGGGAUCCCCAACAGCCUAUCAUGAAGAGAAGGUUUUCGAAGAAGAACAACGCGAGAGUCCCACGUCCACUGAAUAUUCGGAUCAUCCUCAUCAGUCUCAUGAGUUCCCCACUGAAUACCAUGAAUCGGAGAUUGGAUUCACUCAACACGAGAUUCCCAAAACGAGCAUCGAGGAGGAAAUGGAGCACAAAGAGCCAGAGCCAGAGCAUCCACAAUUUGAAUAUCAACCGAGGCGAUAUUUCGAUGAAGAUAAUCCAGAAAGAAAGGCAGCCGAAACUCAGAACGAGGAGAUCGACAAAGCCGUUUCUGAGAUUCUACGUCAGAGUUUGCCAUUGGACGAAGAAUCACCAAAGACUGGUCAUGUCGAGCCAUUGGAGGAUCCAAGCCAUGAUGAUUCUCACGUUCGAUCUCGAUUGCUUCGGGAUGAUGGACAGAUUGAAUAUGAAGAACAAGAGUACCGCAUGGAUCAACCAGCAACCGACGAGAAGAGCCUUGGCGACAAGAUGCUCGGAUUCGCAAAGAAGGCUGGAAUGGUGGCCGGCGGAAUCGUCGCAGCUCCAGUUGCACUGGCUGCCGUUGGAGCCAAGACUGCCUAUGAUGCGUUGAAGAAGGAUGACAAGACACCGGAAUACGAAUAUUCGCAAGUCGGACAGGAAGAAGAUCGACAGAGCAGUCCGGAUUCAUCGGAGAAUGACGACGAAGUGCUGACGUAUCGAAUGAAAACUACCGACGAUAUUCAACACCAGCCGCAAGAAUUCAACGUUGAGCAAAAGGAAGAGCAAAUCAGUCAUGAAGGAUCUCCAACUCAACCAACUCAUGAUUUCCCAUCUCAAUAUCAUGAAUCGGAGAUGACUUCAAGCCAACAUGAGAUCAUUCACUCCGAACUUCGUUCGGGAUCGCCAUCUCUUCAGCCGGAACAUAAGACUACCGAAGAGGAACAGCAUCGGGAGAGCCCAACCUCAGAUCAUCCACACCAGGUUCAUGAAUUCUCUUCAGAAACUCCUGCUGCCCAUCAUGAAGAGAAAGUUCUCGAAGAAGAACAACGCGAGAGUCCCACGUCCACUGAAUACUCGGAUCAUCCUCAUCAGUCCCAUGAGUUCCCAACCGAAUACCAUGAAUCGGAAAUGAUCUCCAGCCAACACGAAAUCACACAUUCCGAACUCCGCUCAGGAUCACCAACGAUCCAGCAAGAGCAAAAAGAAUUCAUUGGAGAUGACGACGACGACAAGCCGAAUGAACUUAGUCCGACGUCAACUGAACAUGCUGAAUUCCCUGAGAAGUCGCAUGAGUUCCCCACGGAAUACCAUGAAUCGGAGAUCGGAUUCACUCAACAUGAGAUUCCUCAUACUGAUCUCGAGGUAAAAGAAACCUCGUUAGAUCAUCCAGAAGUGGCAGAACAUCACGAAAAAUCUCAAGAAUCACCAAGAAGCGAACCUCAUCUCGAGAUGGCAGAGGAAAGAAAAUCUCCAUCGGACGGUCAUCGACACCAAUAUGAUGAAGAUGUGACCAGCAAAGAGAAUCAAGACACUCGUCAAGAUGAAAUUCCCUCAAAAUCAACAUCUGGAGAAUCCGAUGAGCCAUAUGUCAUCGAAUCUGAACAAUACGACGAUGAAGUUGAAGAUUACAUGAAGCAUGAACCGGAACGUCGCGAAGUUUCGACAGAACAUGUGAUCGAAUCUGAUCAUUAUCAGGAGAGGCCAGAAUCAGCCGCUGAUUUGGACAAGACAGAGAGUGAGACUCGUUAUUCAGAGCCCUUCUCGGAACAAUCAGGACGCGAGAUUCAGCCAGAGAUCGUUGAAAGCGAACCAUACCAUCAAGAGCAUUCCACUGAAUUCGAUCAUGAAGGUUUAAGCCAUAAGAAAAUUGAGAUGGAACGUGAGGAAGUCAGCCAGCAGGAACAUCAUGAACUCGAAGAUGACGAAGAAGGUCUUGGCGACAAGAUGCUUGGAUUCGCGAAGAAGGCUGGAAUGGUGGCCGGCGGAAUUGUCGCAGCUCCAGUCGCACUGGCUGCCGUUGGAGCCAAGACGGCCUAUGAUGCGCUGACCAAGGAGGAUGAAGAUCGUCAGGAGUCGAGCCAUGACUUCCCAUCUCAAUACCAUGAAUCCGAGAUGACCUCAAGCCAACAUGAGAUCACUCACUCCGAACUUCACUCAGGAUCCCCAACAGUCCAUCAUGAAGAGACCAUUCUGACCAAAGAAGAUGAAGAACGUCCGGAAUUCCACGAGGAACACCAAAUCAGCCAUGAAUCAUCGGAGCUUGUCUCUCCAACCGAGCCAACUCAUGAGUUCCCUGCUGAUUAUCAUGAUGACACGAUCUCCAGACAGCAAGAAAUCGAGCAUUCCGAACUUCGUGCCAAAUUUGUCGAUGAAGAACAUGCAGAACUCCACGAGGAGCAUCACGAACCGUCAGAACCAACCCAUGACUUCCCAUCAGAAUACCAUGAAUCCGAGAUGACCUCAAGCCAACAUGAGAUCACUCAUUCCGAACUUCGCUCGGGAUCCCCAACAGCCCAUCAUGAAGAGAAGAUUCUCGAAGAAGAGCAUCGCGAGAGCCCCACAUCCACUGAAUACUCGGAUCAUCCUCAUCAGUCUCAUGAGUUCCCAACCGAAUACCAUGAAUCGGAGAUUGGAUUCACUCAACACGAGAUCACACAUUCCGAUUUGAUCACCGAACCACAUGUGAUUGAAUCGCAAGAAUACCAUUCUUCUCAAACCGAGGAACGCAUUUCAUCUCCCGUUCCUUCGGAAGACUCCCAACGCAACCAAGAUAUAGACCAUCGCGAUGAGCAAUGCCUUGACCGUCAUGAUUCGCAGACCUUGGGAUACGACGGAGACGACGAGAAGAGAGCGGAAGCCACGUUCAUCGUCGAUUCGACUGAUCAUCAUACGACAGCGACUGAAUCCGAAGAAGUUCGUGAUUCACCAACUGUGCAGAUCUCACCGCCAACUGAUGUCAUCGAAGAAACCGGAGACGAAAGGUUCAUCAUUGAAUCGGAACCAUAUGAGAGGGACGAGAACGUCGAUCGCAAUUUGGAUUCACCGACUCCGAUGGAUGAGAAUGAAUCGGAAGCAGAUGGUGUCGAUCAACAUGUCAUUGAAUCAGAGCCGUACUACUCGGAAGCUCAUGAUGAAGCCCGAAUUGAUUCGCCGACAAGAGAGGAGCGAUUCGAAGAAGCACCAUAUGUCAUCGAAUCCCAUGAAACUGAUCAGGAUGACAUCAAAGAAGAAGAGCCACUCACGCAUCAUGAACAAUAUGUGAUCGAGUCGCAUGAAUAUGAACGAGAUUCCGAACCCGAGCUGAAGGAAGAAGAACCGGAUAAGCAUAUCAUCGAAUCUCAGCCCUACAACACUGAUGACAUCGUCGAGACCGAAAACUAUCAGGAAAAGGAGCAUGACGACAUCCCACAUGCGCCAGAAGUAGUGGAAAGCGAGCCAUACCAUCAUGAGUCGCCGACAACUCAAUUCGAAGAGCAUCAUUCGGAGCAUCUUCCGAUGGAACGAGAGCAAUUCAGUCAACAGCAAUAUGAAGAGAUCGGCGAUGAUGAGAAGGAGAGCCUUGGAGAUAAGAUGCUCGGAUUCGCAAUGAAGGCUGGAAUGGUGGCCGGCGGAAUUGUCGCAGCUCCAGUUGCACUGGCUGCUGUUGGAGCCAAGACUGCCUAUGAUGCGCUGACCAAGGAGGAUGAAGAUCGUCAGGAGUUGGGACAUGAAUUCCCCACAGAAUACCAUGAAUCCGAGAUGACCUCAAGCCAACAUGAAAUCACUCACUCCGAACUUCGUACUGGAUCUCCUGCUGCCCAUCAUGAAGAGAAGGUUCUCGAAGAAGAACAUCGCGAGAGUCCAACAUCCACUGAAUACUCGGAUCAUCCUCAUCAGUCUCAUGAGUUCCCAACCGAAUACCAUGAAUCGGAAAUGAUCUCCAGCCAACACGAAAUCACACAUUCCGAACUCCGCUCAGGAUCACCAACGAUCCAGCAAGAGCAAAAAGAAUUCAUUGGAGAUGACGACGACGACAAGCCGAAUGAACUUAGUCCGACGUCAACUGAACAUGCUGAAUUCCCUGAGAAGUCGCAUGAGUUCCCCACGGAAUACCAUGAGUCGGAGAUCGGAUUCACUCAACAUGAGAUCCCACACACCGAGCUCACGCACUCAGUCGAUGAUAAAGAUGAGAAAUCUGAAACAUUCCCAGAGGAGCCAAUUGAAAUGUCGCACGAUCUUUCAAGAAGAGAAGUCCACGCCGACAUCGUCACCUCGGAAGUUUCGGAGCCAGAACGGCAGGAGGGUAGUCCAACAUCAGAAGCUGCCUCUCAUCAAGAAGCGUCACACGAGUUCCCAACCGAAUACCAUGAAUCGGAAAUGAUCUCCAGCCAACACGAAAUCACACAUUCCGAACUCCGCUCAGGAUCACCAACGAUCCAGCAAGAGCAAAAAGAAUUCAUUGGAGAUGACGACGACGACAAGCCGAAUGAACUUAGUCCGACGUCAACUGAACAUGCUGAAUUCCCUGAGAAGUCGCAUGAGUUCCCCACGGAAUACCAUGAGUCGGAGAUCGGAUUCACUCAACAUGAGAUCCCACACACCGAGCUCACGCACUCAGUCGAUGAUAAAGAUGAGAAAUCUGAAACAUUCCCAGAGGAGCCAAUUGAAAUGUCGCACGAUCUUUCAAGAAGAGAAGUCCACGCCGACAUCGUCACCUCGGAAGUUUCGGAGCCAGAACGGCAGGAGGGUAGUCCAACAUCAGAAGCUGCCUCUCAUCAAGAAGCGUCACACGAGUUCCCAACCGAAUAUCAUGAAUCCGAGAUGACCUCAAGCCAACAUGAGAUCACUCAUUCCGAACUUCACUCGGGAUCCCCAACAGCCCAUCAUGAAGAGAAGGUUCUCGAAGAAGAACAACGCGAGAGUCCAACAUCCACUGAAUACUCGGAUCAUCCUCAUCAGUCUCAUGAGUUCCCAACCGAAUACCAUGAAUCCGAGAUGAUUUCCAGCCAACACGAGAUCACACAUUCCGAACUCCGCUCAGGAUCCCCAACGAUCCAGCAAGAGCAAAAGGAAUUCAUUGGAGAUGACGACGAACAACAUCGAGAUGAAUUUAAGCCAGAAGAUCGUCAAAUCAGUCUAGAAUCAUCCGAAUUGGCUUCUCCAACUGAGCCGACCCAUCAGUUCCCAACUGAAUACCACGAGUCGGAAACCGGUUUGAGUCAUGAUGAGAUCCCACACACCGAUCUCGAAACCACAGUUCCAUCGGUCAACAGAGAUGCUCUCCAUGAUAUCCAAGACGAUGGUGCUUCUGUCGAAGUCAUCUCGGAAUCGGAUCGUCAAACCGGAGACGACGAUGAAGAAAUGAGGGCAUCGAGUCUGGACGCCGUUCAAGGAUCAACGCAAAACAUCCAAGAUCUUGAUGAAGUCAAAGAUUCGAUUGACAUCGAGGAAGGUGCAAUCAUCGAUUCGCAUUCUUAUGAGUUGCCGGAAGAUGAGCAACAGGAUUUCGAUCAAGGCUAUCCCGCAGAAGUCAGCGAAUUGGAUUACAACAAAGAGCAGGAACGUCAUCAGCGUGACGCUUCUGACGAGCUGAAGACAACAACCGCGGGUGGACAAGAAGAUGACGAUGAAGAUGGAUUUGAGCACAUCAGCAAUCAAGAAGCAUCCGAAUCGCAAGAACCAGUUCAGCUCACCACUGAACCGGUCGGCAUCAGCCAGCAAGAACAUUAUGAACUCGAAGAUGAUGAUCAAGAAGGUCUUGGCGACAAGAUGCUUGGAUUCGCGAAGAAGGCUGGAAUGGUGGCGGGCGGAAUCGUCGCAGCUCCAGUCGCACUGGCUGCUGUUGGAGCCAAGACUGCCUAUGAUGCGCUGACCAAGGAAGAUGAAGAUCGUCAGGAGUCGGGACAUGAAUUCCCCACAGAAUACCAUGAGUCAGAGAUGACUUCAAGCCAACAUGAGAUCACGCAUUCCGAACUUCGCACAGGAUCCCCAAUAGUUCAUCAGGAAGAGACCAUUUUAACCAAGGAUGAUGAAGAACGUCCGGAAUUCUACGAGGAGGUCAAACAGAAGACUCCAGAAUCCUUUGAUGGUCAUCCAGCCGAAGAGACAGCUCAACAAAUAAUCUCAGGUGUAUUCGAUCCAUUGGAGCGUCAUCUCAUCGAGUCAACCGAAUUUCGCGCUUCAUUCGAGCCGUCGAGCAUUGAUGAAGAUGCCGAGCGGAAGAAGUCUAUCGAGAAUUUGAGCACCGAAGCGCUCGGCAAUGUCUCGCGCGUUAGCUACGGUGAAGAGGAGAACGACGAGGACGACGAUUGGAAGGUGUACGAUCGACACGGCGAAGUUCUUGAGGAGUUCUCGACGCAACUCUCGGAAGACGUCGUGCAUGCCGCCGAAGAAGAUGCCGCCAGCGAGGUGAUGACGUCGGUGCCAGAAGACAAACGAAGCAAAUUCUUGAAGCAGGAAUCGUGUCAGGAGAUCUCCAACGAGCCCGAAGUCGACUACUAUUCAGACCUUCAGGAGAAGCUGAACAUUCUUGCCAAUGAAGGCCAGACAUCGCUCUCAUCGCUGCCAGAAGAGGAGCCAUCGAGCGGACACUCGGAUCAACUCGACGUGAUCCACGAAUCUGACAAGGAAGGCAACGAGGAAGACGAGGCAGCAGAUCAGACUGCCGCGCAGCUCGUCGACGAUGUGAUGAGCAAGGUGCUCAAUGAGAUUUCGAAUGAGGACGAGCAGAAGACGGUGACGUCUGAUGUGUAUCAGACGGCCACCGAGCAAUCCAAAGACGAUCAGUAUGAUACGUGUGUGACGUCACAGGAAGACGCGUAUGAUUCGGCGCAAGGUUGGACUUCGCAAGAUUCCGAAUACACCACGGCGACGAGCGGCGCUCCGAGUCGCCUCAGCGACGCUGAUAGACAAGAGGCGUCGACGCCACAGGCUGUUCUAUCGCCCGUCGAUUCCGAUCGCAACUUCACCGUUUCGCAGGACGUCGACCCGCCGAUGAUUCGCGCGUUUGACGUCGACGAUCUGAGCAGCACGACGGCUCGCAGCACACCCGACGUGCCGAUUCAAGUCACCAUCGAGGAGGAGGACGAGUCCGACGACAAGCUGCCGAUCAGCCCGAGCGGUGUCCUAUUGCCGCCGACCGCCGAUCCCGGAAGACCGAUCUCGCCUGUGCCGCCACGCACGGGAGCCGAGGAGACGUUCGUGUACACGACGACGACGACAACAACGGAGAGUGGUAGCAUCCAUGGUAUAGCUAUGGAGGCAACGUCCGAUUCAGCCAGCGAAUCUCGUUACUCGCGCCAACUGUCGGACAUGUCGUCGGAGAGCCACGCGGACACCGUCAUCCACAAGGAAGAGACGCUGAAGAAUGACGCCGACGGAUCAACGGAUUCGAUCAGCGAGGGAUCGGUGAUCGUCAGAGAGUCGCCGGAGCACGCGAAUGACUCGUCGGAGCAUCGCGAAGCCGAAGAGCUCGGAUUCGAAGUGUACGACGAGGAGCAGCCAAAGUCGGAGGAGUUGGAAACGGUCGAAGAGGAGCCAGAGGAUUCGGACUCGUUGAAUGGCGGAAGCGGGCAUUCGUCGGUUGGUGUGCCGGCCGACACGUUGGCGAUGAUCGGCAAAUAUCGACAUACGAGCAGCGACAAUUUGUCGUUGACGAGCCUUCAGGAGUUCGAGAGGCUCGAACGCGAGAUCGGAACACGAGGCGAUGGAAGUCUCACGCGAAGCGAGCUCGAGCUGCUCGUCGCCGGCAAAAUGAGCCGCUCCGGCGAGGGUUCGGUGAGCUCGCUUCAAGAGUUCGAGCGGCUCGAGAAGGAGAUGGCCGAGAAUCAAUCGCCGCCCGAAGAGGUCAUGAUGUUGUCGGAUAUUCGCGAGGAGUCGGAAGCGGAAGACAUGAGCAUUCGCGACGACGACGAAGAAGCGAUGGGUUCCGACGCGGAGAUGAAAACGCAACCGGUUCAGGAGGAGGACAUUCGAGGCGUCACACCAUUGGCGACGUCGCCGACCGACUCAUUGGAGCACAACGUCAUCACGGCGACACAGAUGCACUAUUUGGAGACGAGCACCGAUUCGUUGGAGCCGACGUUCCAGGAGAUUGAGGUUGAGCAGCGGCCGGACAGCGUUGACGACAAUUCGCUGACCGAGUAUGAAGUGGUGCCGAAGGCCAUGGAGGCCAGUAUUACGGAUUCACUAGACACCAGAUUGGAUAAGGACUCACUUCUUGAGGGCGCCAGUCAGGGUCCUGAAAGCCAGGACACCCAUGGAUUGCUUAGUGGCGACACGGUUGGAACAUUGGCGGAGGACGACGACAAGGAUUCGCUGGACGGCGAGAUGGGUCGAAUGCUUCGCACCUAUCCGACAACGCUGACGACGUUCCAGACGACGUCCGUCUCGCCGGACGGUGUCGUUCAAACGAUCUCGCGACGCGUUGAGACCAGGGUUACCGAUCCGAUAGUGAGCCAUGUGAUGUUCACUGGAACCGAGAGUCAAGAGCGACUCGAUCAAUUGCCAGAUGAGGAACAAUUUGAGACGGUUGACGCCGAGGGGAAUGUGACGAGAACUACAUUCCGCAGGCAGCACCAACAUCAAUGA